AUGGAUUCACCUUGGCCAUUUGCCGCUUGGGGCAUGGACGUGAUUGGACCUAUAGAGAAUGCCGCAUCAAAAGGGCAUCUCUUAAUCUUGGCAGUUAUUGACUAUAUCACUAAAUCGGUCAAAGCAUCAACAUUUGGAAUACUGGAGUCCAUCGUCACUAACAAUGCCGCUAACCACAACAGCGACCUCAUGAGAGAAAUAUGUGAGAAGUUAAGAAUCGUCCACCGCAAUUCCACAGCCCACAGACCGCGAAUGAAUGGGGCAGUUGAGGCAGCCAACAAGACUAUCAAGAGGAGAUUACUUUACAUUUAUCAAUGUAAAGCUCUCAUAAGAUGGGGAUUCUCUAGUGUGACCGCACGUGCGAGGGAUUGGUCGCAGGUGCGAGCUCGUAGAAGCAAGCCAGGGGUCACAAGUGUGGGAUUGAAGGAGUUGGCCAGUGGUUGCAGGUGCGAGGAAUCUUCCGCAUCUGUGAGCCCACAUAUGCAAUCAAGGCUCUGCAGAUGCGGAGAUGGGUAA